AUGAAGAACCAAAAAAUUGAUGAGAACGAGCACAUCAAAAAGGAGAUCAAGGACCUGAUUGAGCGGAGUAUACCAACUAAUAGGCCACGUAGGGAAUCAGGCAUCAACCACCCGUACUCAUUUCCGAAUUAUUUGGAGCAAACAAACUUCAAGCCCAAAUACCACGGAAAUGAAGUGCACUACCAGGAAGGGAACAAGGAGAACAUCUCGUGCGGGCGGAAACUGUUUCAAAAGCCCACGUCACUGAAGUUCUUCAGAAAUGAGUACGGCUCCCUUCGGAAGAGCCCAGGCGGAUUCAAGCACAACACAUUUCACAAUAACCGUAGCUUUGCCUAUACAGUUCCAAAAAACUAUAUCACGAACAAGUUUAGCGGCACGACGUUCCUCAAGAGACCUCAUGGAGAGAACUUCUACGAGGCAGCUCAGUAUCCAGUUCGCUGCGAGGAAUACGAUAAGCGGAUUCUGGUACCUGGCAGCAACGAGAAGCUGCGAGACAAGCGCACCACCGUGAUGAUCAAGAACAUCCCCAAUAAAGUCAACAACAAGGAGAUCAAGGAGAUCCUAGACCGAUACGUCUUUGGUAAAUACAACUUCCUAUACCUGCGAAUUGAUUUCGAGAACCACUGCAACGUGGGAUACGCAUUCAUCAACUUCGAGAGGCCCGAGCACGUGAUUGAGUUCUACAGGAAGUUCCAGGGCUACGUCUGGGACAAGCGCAUCUACAGAACCAACAAGAUCGUCCAUUUGGCGUAUGCGUCGAUUCAGGGGAUCGAGGCACUGAAGAACAAGUUCAAGGUCUCCUCUGUGAUGUGCGCUGAUCCCGAUUUCAGGCCCAAAAUGUACCACACGUCUGGAACAGAGGUUGGGGAGGAAAAGGAGUUCUUUGAAUAG